AUGGCGCGCGAUCCGGCAUCAGGCAUUCGGCUCAGCAACAAUAAACGUAUGGCGUGCGUGUCAUGCCUCGAGGGCAAGCAGACGCGCAACGCGCAGUCCCAACAAGACAGCGGCAAGCACUCGCCCAUCGAUCGCAUCGUCGACGUCAACGUCGUCUUCUCGGACCUGAAGAGUCCAAUGACGCCGCGGGACCGACUCGGCAAUCUUUGCCUUGUGAAUUUCGUUGAUCACAAGAGCAACUACUGCCGAGUUGUCCUCGCGCGCACGAAGGACGCUGUGGCGAAGCAGUUCGAGGCGUUACUCGUUCACUUUAAGAAUCUUUUCGGGUUCAAGGUCCACGUGCUCCGCACGGACGGCGGCAGAAAAUAA